GACUAUUCGCUCGUUUUCAGCUCCUACGUGUCUGGGUGUGGGUCGCCUUUUCUUUCAUUUGCGCUCAUGUUGCUUUAUUGAUGCUUUGAGCUCGGUAGCAAAAUGGCCUCUGCCUUUUCAUUUGUCGGAUUUCUUUCUGCGUUUUUUUUUUUCAUUUCCAGAUUGUACAAUUGCUAUAGCGCCCCGUUGUUCUCUGUGUGGAUGGUGGCUACAAAGGAGGCAGGCAGCGGCGCACAAGUCCCGCCUGCACUUCCCUCUGGAUGAGUCUCAGUAUCGGCGCUCCCGACUGGGGAUUGGAGCGGCGGCUUGUCAGUAAAUUAGCCCACCCUUCACUCAGUGUGUAUGAGGGGAAACCGAGCCAGACAGUGACGGAUCUGAUCCCCCCCCCCCCCCAGUCAUCAGCUGCUAGUCACACCAGCACGCCACAAUACCGACCCGGAGCCAUCCGCCGCGCUGUGACACCUGGCAGGGAUGGAGGGAGAGAUGCAGCCCGCAGAUGAAGGACCCUGCGCCCCGAAGAUGUGCCGACAACAACGGGGUCCGUACAGCACCCUGAAAACCUUCCAGAGCAAGCGCUCGGCGGGCAAGCCGCGCUUUGACAGGUCCGCUGUGGUCGAGGUGCCUCUGUUUGGCGACGGGCAUCACUUCACUUUUCAUCCCGAGCAGCCUCAUCAUUUCCAGCCGCACCAUCACCACCACCACCACCAGCAGCAGCAGCAGCAGCAGCGUCUGCAGCAGCUCCAUCAAACCAGCGUCGCUAUCAGCAGCAGCCAGCAGCAUCGUUUCCCAUGUGAGAACAGGCCCAGCAGCAGGGUCCCGACAUCCACCUCAGCGCCGGCGGGCAGCGUGGCGGCGGCAGCAGCGUCUCCUGGUACCCAGCAGCGGCGCGCCAGCAGCGGCAGAGCGGAGCCCAGAUUCUCCCCAGACUGCACCUACGGUAUCAGCUCAGAGAAUCGUCUCAUCUUGGAUGCCUUUGCCCAGCAGUGUAGCCGAGUCCUCAGCCUCCUCAACAAUGGCCGUCUCUUGGAGCCCUCCUCCUCCUUCACCUCUAACAUCAAGCUGGAAGACGGGCCAGGGGGGGCACAGGGGCUUCACUGCUCCUCACUGGGGAAGUCCAAACCUGAAGAGAGCUCUUCCACCACAGACCCAGAUGAGGAGGCCCAACAAAGCCAUUUGAGCCAACAACAGACCUCUGCCGUUCUCCGCAUCUUCACAGACUCCCUACAGAACUAUCUGCUCUCGGGGCCUCAGCAGCAGCGACAUCUGGCUGCGGGUCUGGAGGAUGAGCAGUGCCCGUCGGCGGAGCCCGGCUCCGGGCUGUCUCCUCCGAGACACAGCCUGGGGGGCUGGGGGUCGCCGACUCCGUCCGAGUCGUACGGCCACCCGUCGUCCACGCUGCCUGAGGAGGAAGAGGAAGAGGAGAGCUGCUGUCCACGCUGCCUGGAGUUGGAGCAGGAGGUGCUGUCUCUGCAGCAGGAGAACGAGGAGCUCCGCAACAAGCUGGAGAAUAUCCCAGUUCCCUGUCAAAAUGUUCUUGACUACUUCAAGACUGUUCUUGAGUUUCACAACCAGCUGGUCCAGCCGAUGCCGGAGGAGCAGCUCACCGAGGAAGAAGAGCGGCAAACAGUCUUUGAGGGCAGUAAACAGCUCCUGGAGAACUACCCUCUCUUCAUCUCUAAUAAGCAGUGGGACGAAGCCGUCAACUCCUCUAAGAAAGAUGGCAGACGGCUGCUUCGCUACCUGAUUCGCUACGUUUUCACCACAGACGAGCUCAAGUUCUCUUGCGGUUUGGGCAAAAGGAAGCGUUCAGUCCACUCAGGAGAUCCAGGCCUGGAGAGACGACCGCUCAACCCCGUCAAAGUCAGCUGCCUCAGAGAGUUCAUCCGGAUGCACUGUGCCUCAAACCCGGACUGGUGGAUGCCCUCAGAGGAGCAGAUCAACAAAGUGUUCAGCGAUGCCGUCGGUCACGCUCGUCAGGGCCGAGCGGUCGGUACAUUCCUGGGCAGCAGCGGCAGCAGCACCAGCAGCCUCUAUAUGGACGCCUUUGAUGGACAUCUGUCACAGGACGAACUGUAUUUAAAAGGCUGUCACAACGGCCAAUCGGACUGAAGUUAAAGGAGGAAAUUUAUGACAAACGCCAGAAAUGUAGCUGUACAACAACAUAUCCCAAAACACUGACCUUAUCCUGUCACUUUAAACAGUGAAGAAAACAUUCCAGAAGUUUAUCACACAAUAUAACUACAGUCUCUCUGAAGCAGUUCCUCUUUUUAGUUUUGUAGUUUUUUGCCAUUUUUAUACCUACAAUUUUGUUUAGUCAAAAUUUGACUCUGAAGGGGUGUUUUAAACUUUACACAAAAUUUGAGUCUUCCAUUUGCUACUUUUCUAUGGUUUGAUGUUUUGAGCACGUAUGUCACUAUCAAUAAUAUAUUUCUGUUUUGUUUUGUGUUUUUUCUUUUGAUGGAGUGCCAGUGAAUUUUUGUCAUAAUUUACAUGCAUCCCUUAAAGUCAUCAGGAAGCUAUUUGUGUUAAUGUUGUGUAAAAUUAGAGACUUAUGAUAUCCAUCACUGACACUGUACCCUCCAUCACCUCCAUCACGGAAAGUAGCAUUUAAUAUUUUUCUGCAAAAUUCUGCGUCAUUGGCGAAGCACCUUUACUUGCUACCCUUCUACAGGAGUGCCUCUGAGAAAGUCAUAUUUUUCGUUACCUGUAGUCUUGCACUUUGCAUCCAUGUUCAAUUCUGAUGUAUCAAGUUUUAUUUCUGAAAAAGAAAAGUGCAUUCACAAAGCAAAGUCUUUCCAAUGUGCUCAAAUGCAGCUUCCCUUGGGUUGAAACACGUUUUGGUCAAAGCUGGUCUGUUUUCAAUUUCCUACAGCAGAUUUCAGGAUAUGCAACUGAAAAAAAAAGUGUCAUAUUGCAGAACACCUAUAAAAUAAGCCACACAGACACCCUCAGUGUUGUAUUCACAACUUUUAAAACUUUGCAUUCCAGUACAACUUCAACCAAAGUUUUGUUCCUCUUAAAAUCUUAGAUAUUAACAGUUCAAUAACUGGCGUUGCAGAAUUCCUUAUAUCUGCAAAGGUUACAUCCUAAUUUGUUAGGAUGUAAUGCUGAUGUUUCUUCCAUAAAAUGACGCUAUUCUAAUUGUUAAAAUGCAGAUUAGCAGAAAACAAUACAGUGGGAAAAAAAUCAAGAAGACUGUUUAUUUUUUAUGCUAAUUUCUGCACUUUCUUAUAAAAACUGAAGUAUUUGCUCUGUCAUAGAUUCUUUCAUUCAUCCCGAUGCAAAAAGUCUUGUGUGAUUCAAACUGCAAGGUAAAUUUAUUGCAUGUUACAUUAAAUUUUUCAUCAGUGAGAAGACUUUUUGACUCAGGAUGAAUGAACGUUAUGUCUUUUUGUUUAAGGCAGUUGCCAUAUAAUAAUGCCUUAAACUUAAUUCAAGACCUCCACAGUAUAAAGUGUUGAUGCUUUGUGUGUUAGGGUUAGGGUUAGCCACUUCUAAUUAUCUCUUGACCCAUGUGGGAAAAAAAAUCGAGCACUUCUUUCUCUCUGAAGCUCUUAUUUGCACUUUUAAGUGUCUCAUUGUGGCUAAAGCCGUCCUACAGUGAGAAGUCCUUGAACUGAAUUUAAACAUUUUUAUUCUUUGACUAUGUAUUUAUUUGUUUUGGUACUCAAUAACUUCACUUCAUGACACUGUUUUAUACGUUUGAAUGUACCAGAUUUAUUAGGUCAGUUUGCCACGUUGACAGUGCUGUGUAAAUGUGUAAUAUAAAGUACAGUAUUGUGUGAGGUGUUCCUGAAAUACCGCGUCUCUCUUAAAAAGCCAAGUAGAAAAGUGCCACAGAAACCUUAAACAGUUGGAUUCUGUCGUUGUGUUGCUGUUCUGAAUGUGAGCAUUUAUUUGUAUUUACUCCUUUACCCUCAACGUGGCUGUUAUCAACACUGUGAAACAUCAGUAGGAUUUUUACAAAUCUAAUAGCUUCUGUUGUUUUUUAUUUAUAAUAAAUAAAAUAAGCGCUGAAGCUGAAAACUUA